CCUCCCAACUUCAGUUCACUUCACCAAAUCUCGAAUACCAGACUGUCUUCCAUCUUCUGCUAGGGCUUCUUGUGUCUUCCCCUCCUAGCUAGGGUUUCUAACAUUAUCUCUCUCUCUCUUUCUCACUGUUUCGUUCUUAGAAUUUUUCUUUGUGAAUCGUUACAAACCUGAUCAGAUUUCUUUCGUUGCUGUCAUACGGGCUGAUCCUGAGUUAGAAGCAAUUAGACGCUGAAGAAUACCGGAGCUUAUGUCUCAACAUGGAGGGGCUGAUCCUGAGUUAGAAGCAAUUAGACGCAGAAGAAUGCAGGAGCUUAUGGCUCAACAUGGAGUGGGAAAUCAACAAAACUCUGAACAGCAGAAUGCUCAGGAAGAUGCCAAGAGGGAGGCAGAAGAACGGAGGCAAAUGAUGCUUAGUCAGAUUUUGUCAGCUGAAGCACGAGAAAGAAUUGCUCGAAUAGCUCUGGUAAAGCCUGAGAAAGCAAGAGGCGUUGAAGACGUUAUACUAAAUGCCGCUCAAAGGGGUCAGAUAGUUGAGAAGGUUUCUGAAGAGAGGCUCAUAUCAUUGCUGGAACAAAUUAACACCCAAACUUCUAAACAAACCAAAGUCACAAUCCAGAGGCGUCGGAGUGUUCUUGAAGACGAUGAUUAGCUCUUUAUCUGGAACUGAGUGUGUUAAAGUAAUUACAUGAUGCUUUUGAGUGUGGUUUGUUAACGAUGCAAUGCUUUGUUGGUUGUUUAUUAACGAAGAGCAUGAUCGUAUUUUGCUUAGUGCAAUGUAAUGUGAUGUUGACGAUUCGAAGCUUUCAUUCAUACUUGGUAUCAAUAUUAGUAUCUUUUGGGUGUUAUGCUUUA